CUUUGCGUUCUGCCCACAAUUGCUAGAAAGUCACGAAACUAACAUGGCGGGCAGUGACUAUGUUGUUCCUCGUAACUUCCGACUACUUGAUGAGCUUGAAGAAGGCCAAAAGGGUGGCGGAGAUGGUACUCUUAGUUGGGGGCUAGAGGAUGACGAAGAUAUGACUCUUUCGCAUUGGACAGGCUCCAUUUUAGGUCCACCAAGAACGCAGUUUGAGAACCGCAUUUACACUGUGAGGUUGCAUUGUGGUGACAGGUACCCAGAUAUGCCGCCAACAGUUCAGUUCCAGACAAAAAUUAAUUUGUCUUGUGUCAACAAAGAGACGGGUGUAGUGGAUCCCAAAAAAGUUACAUGUCUUCGACAGUGGACGUCAGGCAUGAACAUUCAAACAUGUUUAGCAGGGAUUCGUGAGUGUAUGACACUGAAGGAAAAUAAAGUGCCACAGCCGCCUGAAGGACAAACAUUUUUCUGAAGUUCUUAUUGGGAACAAGACCAAACCAAAGCCUGCUUCAGCUCAAGCCUUUCGUAAAAUGACACGAUUUUAGACCAUGAGCUGUCAUAUAUUAGCAUCAAAGACUACACAAAGCACGAGGAAUACCAAUCUCGGCGGGCCAUGUGAAGUCUUAUCACCAGUCAGAAAUCUUGUGUAGUCCUGUCUAAAUAUCAGAAACUGUGUGAGUAUUAGCAUGCCAGCAGUCACUUAUCCACCAAAGCUGUAUCAGAAAAUUUAUUAUUAUUUUUUUUUUAGAAUGAUACAGCAGUUUGUAACAUUUCAACAGUUCACCCAAAGUUUUGGUACAACUGUGCCACAGAUUGUCAAUGACUGCACCUUACCUUAUUUUUAUGUACAAUUCUGUAAUGGUUGAUUUUCAUCAAAUUAUGAUUCCUCCCCUUUUUUUACCUGAGGGCCUUAGUCGCCAUGGUUUCUUUUCUCAUGCAUAUUUGUUAUUGAAAUUGUUCUGCUUGCAGUUUCAACAACUAGUUUUAUAUCAACAUUAGAUAACUUUGUUCUCAUUUGAAAGUAGUACAAUAUAGCAUGAUUUUACUGAAGUUAUCUUUUCCGAGAUCUCUUGGCAAAAGAAGCAAGCAUUCAGAUUGCUGUGACCCACCCCCAGUUUACCACAUUUAUGUAGCAUGCUGAACACUAAGAUGAGUAUUUUCCCCAACAGUGUUUGCAGAAUUUUUUAUUUUUGUUUCUAGUUCAUUUGUUUAAAAACAUCAAUUCAGUUAAACUGCCUAGGACUGAAACCACUUAAGGUAAACCUACUUCUUUUUGCCCCCUUAUCUAUGCUCUCAUUUAGAAAACUGUUCAGUUCUUGUAAUUGUGUUUUUGUUUUUGUUUGUUUUUUUUAAUAUUUUGAAUGUGUGUGUAUUUAACUAAGUUUCUCCUUAACUUUCUUGCUGUAGUUAAGUAUUCAGUUCUGGUGGUGUAGUGUGUUUGGGAUUAAAACAUCAUUUCGAGAUAUUAACAUUUUAAGAUCAUAGAUGUUUUAAAAGAUAGUAGACUAUUAACUCUAGUUUUUUAUAUGUAACUAAAUACACAAAUUGGUAUUGUACAUUUUGCAGAGCUGAUGCUGUACAAUGUAUUGGUAAUAUUAUUUUCAAUUAUUUUGCUGCUGCAUAAGUUACAAGCAGUGAAAGACUUAGGGUUGAAUGAACCAUCUUAUAAGUUAUAUACUAUGGCCAUUUAUUCUGCCCCCCCCCCCUUUUUUUUUAAACUAAAGCUUGCUGUAUAUGUCAUAAGUACAGCUUACUGGAGCUCAGAGCAUUAUUCAGAGCUUUCCUUUCUGUCUUUGCCAGCUGUUGAUAGCAAGACAACAAUAACUCCUUUAUAUUCUGCUGUAACUGUAACAUCAGUUGUGGAGCAAAGUAGUGAUGAGUGAAUUUCCCUUGCUGUCCUAGGGACAGAAUGCUAAAAGUGUAUUCACAUGCUGUGCCAUGUAUAUAUGUGAAUAACUGUGCUGUUUGCUCUUUUGGUUACUGCUUGCAAGCGAGGCAUUGGUUUCAAACAUGUCAUGUGUCACGACCUGUCUUGAAUAUUUCAAUUCUUACUUAUAAAUAUGGGCGUAACAACAUGCCAUGGUAAUUAAAAUGAUUUGUGUGUCAGCUUUCA